AUGGACCCAACGAAUGAUCCUAAUUUUACUCCACCUUCAUUAGCGAGAAAUAUUGAACCUCCUGCACCUCCAUCACGUAUCCCUAAUCAUAUACCUAUUCAACCAUUUGUUUUGGCUGAUUUAGGUAAUGCAGUAGAUGCACCAACUAGUCAUCCUUCAAAGAAUUCUAAAAUUGAAGAUGGUAAAAAUAAUAGUGAUAACUAUCAUUCAAAGAUCCCUCGUAAGCAUGGAGAUUUACUGAAUUCAUCAUCUGAUGAAGAGGUCAAUACCACUAAUUCCGAUAUUCAACAACCUCCAAGUGUUAAUGUAACUCGAACAAAUAGUCAUAAUAAUCUUGUAUUACCACCAACUAUUCAAGUUAGAUCAUCACAAAUUGCCGAUCUAGAAGAAGUGCCUCAUGGUAUUCAACGUCAAGCUGUUAAAUUAGAAGAUUAUCAUUUCCCAACUCAUAGAUUAGCUACAUCUUUACUGGAUGAUACAAAAUAUCCUUUAGUGAUUGUUGCUUGUGGAUCAUUUUCUCCAAUUACUUAUUUACAUUUAAGAAUGUUCGAAAUGGCUCUUGAUGCUAUAAGUGAACAAACUAAAUUCGAAGUUGUUGCGGGUUAUUAUUCGCCUGUCUCUUCUAAUUAUAAAAAGCAAGGUUUAGCUCCUGCUCGUCAUAGAGUAAGAAUGUGUGAAUUGGCUUGUGAAAGAACUUCAAGUUGGCUUAUGGUUGAUGCAUGGGAAUCUCUUCAACCAAAAUAUACUAGAACAGCCUUAGUCCUUGAUCAUUUUAAUGAAGAGAUUAAUAUUAAAAGAGGUGGUAUAGUCAAUAAAUUAACUGGAGAAAAGAGGGCAUGUAAGAUCAUGUUAUUAGCAGGAGGAGAUUUAAUUGAAUCAAUGGGUGAACCAGAUGUAUGGGAAGAUCAAGAUUUACAUCAUAUCUUAGGAAGAUAUGGAUGUCUUAUUGUUGAAAGAACAGGCUCAGAUGUUAGAAGUUUCUUAUUAAGUCAUGAUAUUAUGUAUGAACAUCGAAGAAAUGUUCUUGUUAUUAAACAAUUAAUCUAUAAUGAUAUUUCAUCUACAAAGAUAAGAUUAUUUAUUAGAAGAGGUAUGUCAGUUCAAUACUUAUUACCCAAUUCUGUCAUAAGAUAUAUUCAACAACAUAAAUUAUAUUAUGAUUCAGAACCGGUUAAACAAGUAAUGUCUGAUAAAGCCGACUAA